AUGGAUUCUGUAGAUAAUACAUAUUAUGCCAACAUCCUCAACGGACAGGUAAACCUUAAUGAUCCAUUUUCAACAUUUGGUUGCACGCCUACAAACCAAAAUGAAGGUGACAAUGACAUGCCUCAAGUGAUUGUUCCAACUAUACCAACCACCAAGAAACCACAAAGAGCUAAGAAUUUUGUUGUUGAAGAAGAUAUGCUUCUUGUGUCUGCAUGGCUCAAUGUUGGCUUAGAUCUAGUGCAUGGCAACGAACAAAGGAGUUCUACUUAUUGGAAUAGAAUUCGGGAGUACUAG